CGAUGGGGCCGCUGUUGCCGUUCCCGUGCCGCGCUAGGGUAAUUGGGGAAUACAAAGGGAGCUAGACUCGGCGUACGUAAGACGAGCUGUGAAUGGUAGGCAGCUAGGCAGCUGAUCUGCGGAUACGAGUUGCCGGCGAGCGGGGAGCGGAGACGAUGCAACCUUCUCUCGGAACGCCAUGAGCUAUUCAUUCGGCAGUGAUGAAUUCCUGCUGGCAGAGGCAGUCAGUGCCCGUGCUUGGGUGCGACGAUGCUAACAGCCAUGUCAGCGCUGAUCCACUGCGCCUGCUUGCUGAUAUGGCUGGCGGGAGCUCGGGGCGCUGUGGCGGAGGGCGCAGGGCAGCGAAGGACGGAGCCCGUAUGGAGGGGAUGAUGAUUUCCCUGCGUGGUGGAACGGGGAUUGAUGUAAAUGCUGCUGUACGUACGUACGGUUACGAGGCUUGGCGGGGUUGGCCCGAAGGGGAAUGUGUCGGUCGGCGCCCUGGUGAUGGGGAGGGUUGUUUUCUAUAAAGGCGAGCUGCUCGUCCGGUGUUGAGAUGUUCUUUUCUGCGUCAAGCAUUCAAAGUCUCAUCAGUCUCUCACAAACACACCCUCGCUCUCAUACCAGCCAAACCACCACCUUCAAAAUGCACUACUCCUCCAUCCUCGCCCUCGCCGGCGCCGCCUUCGCCGCUGCCACCCCAGCCGUCACCACCGCCCGCGCCGAGGGCACCUGGACCCUCCAGGGCUUCGUGCGCACCUGCAACGAUACCGCCAACACCUGUAACUACAAGUUCAACCUCAAGGACAACAAGUCCGGCCGCGUCGACGCCUGCGACUUCGCCGACAUCGCCGACAGCACGCGCAAGGCCCGCUGGAGCUCCCCCUCCAACUUGCACUGCGCGGCUAACUCGACCGUCUACGUUAACGUCGGGUACGACCAGCCUGGAAACUUCUUCGUGGUUGUCCCGGUUAACCGUGAGACGUCGCUGAAUGGUUUCUUUGGAUACACUGCUGCUGAGCUCACUGAUGGAUCGGUGGUGACGCCGGAUCACACUUCUCCUUCCCUGGUUGUCGAGACGUGGGAGAAGAAGAAGGCGGCGGGCGCUGCUGUUAUCGGCCGCACUGCCACCGCUAACCUUGGAGCCUGGACUGUCGAGGGACUUCACAGGACCUGCCAAACCAGCAAAAUCUCUACCUGCAACUACUCCUUCCAGAUCAACCAGAACGACGGCUCCAAGAAGACCAACUGCUACCUGACCCAAAAGGGCGCCCCAACCCAGAGCUUCUACACCGCCGUCUGCCAGAAGCAGGUCGACUGGGUCAUCUCAUGGGGAUACAAUAAGCAGUACGGAUUUGCUGUUAUGACUGUUGUCAAUGUCCCGAGACAGUUGGAUGCCUUCUUCGGAUUCAACGAUGUUAACUUCGUCACCUACUUCCCCAACAUUGGCCCUAACCCAGUUUACGCUUUGUAAGCAACGGCAUGGCCACCGUCUAUCCCGCUUGAAUGAGCGGAUUUGAAAGGGGAUGAAAGAGAGAGAUCUAAUUUACAUGAUUUACUGUUCUGCAUUUGCGAGGAUGGGCAUUGGAGGUUCUUAAUUAUGCUUUUGGGGUGUUUGCGAGGAUAUUAAGAGAUGUCUGAAUUAGUUAAUGAAAUUUACAUUGGAAUGAUUUUAUUAAUUUUUCUACUUCGCGGGAGAUUUUGAAUGCGAGUGAAAUGUUCUGGACGAGGAGUGAGACGGUUGCCCGCUAUCGUCUAUAUGCUAUUAGAGUCAUGUGGUCGCAAAGUCAUGUAUAUACUUGGAAAGUCAUGCGCGAAACUAUAAUGUGCAGAGGAUAAUUUUAAAUUUCCAAACUAUGAAUUAUGCAG